AUGCUUAUUCAAAAUUUACUAUUAUUGAUUUCAGUUGUUCAUCAAUCUGCAUCUAUUGCAAGUUCAACCAUAGGUAUUGCUUGGGCUAUGGCUUCAUAUCAUAAAAAUGUAAGAAUUGCUUAUGAAAACCGAAAAAACAUUGGCAAUACAGGAACAGUGUUACAAUUUUUAUGGCACAUAAUGAUUACAAUGUCUCGAAUUUUGUCUAUUAGUUUAGCYGCUAUAGUGUGGCCACAGUCAACCGGUAUUUUUUGUAUGAUCCAUUGGCUAUUUAUGACAUUGUGGAUUUUCAAAUAUCAAAACGUAACAUUUUGUAUGCCAUCCGACCAAUCUAAAGAAAGUGGAAUCAUGAGAUUUUUUUUUUCAACAAUACUCGGUCUCGUGUACAUAUUUACUUAUUUAUCACCCAGUGAAGGCCAAGGAAAGUCGAGAAAUCGUUACAUAGGGUAUUAUGGAGUAUUCUUAGUGGAAAAUGUAGCUGCUGUUACUAUUUGGGCUAUUACUGGUACGGAUCAAAACCAAUGGUACUACUAUCCACUGAUUAUAGGUUCGAUAGCACCAUUUUUUGUUGGAAUUUUAUUUAUGGCAAUAUAUUACAAAUUUUUCCAUCCUCAUAUCACUUACAUAAAUGACAUUUCUGAACCAUAUUAUAACACAAAUAAUGUGAAUACGUUUAUUGCUGACAAUCUUGGGUAAAAUCAAUAAAGCCGUUGUUGAAAUAUAACUUUCUGUUAAUUGAUAAAUUAAAUAUUAUGAUGUAUAUUUUUUUACAUUAAAUGAAUUAAAA